GUUUACUAACUACACAAGCUGCGUCCUUUUUGGCCGAAGGAGUACGACGUUAUGACCUUUUCACUUUAUACUUUUCAUGUUACGCCUUUUGGACCAACUGUAACAGCGAAGGAAGGGCAAGAGUCGUAAGCAAACUCGGUUGCCUAAGCAAUAACAUUAUUGUGGUGCUAAAGUUUUGAAGCGCUGUGUAGACUAUGACAUAAUGCGUCCUCAUGACGCAGAGGAAAUAAUCCGUGCAGCUAUCUGCCUAUGACAUAUUAGCACAUGUACACAUUAUUACGUGCCGGAAAUACUAUCGGCUGCUUUGGAGAAGGAUGAGCUUAUAGUAUAGAGCUCGCAUGGAACCCGCUGAGAGACGGCCGUAUGCCUCCGUAGCGGACACGCGGUGACCCUAUUAAGAUUUGGAGUUUGGCGUCCUUAUGAGUGGAAGCUCGGUCUCUUCCCUGGGCUCGUCCGCCAAUGGCUCCCACCUGGACGUGACCAACCUAGCCCCUGGCGAGGACCACGAAGUGUUUGAGGAACGCCACUGGCUUUUUAAAGUAUUCAGCGUACUCUACACCCUUGGCAAGGAGCGACCGCUAACAGGGCCCAAGUAUGCGUUCCUGCGCAUCUUUCUCAAUUCCUUACAACUAUGGCUUUUGACGGUGGUUCCCCACUAUGGCUGGCACGUCAACCCGGACAUCACGGUAUGGCGCAUCGUGUCUUUCCAGAGUCUGGGCGAGUUCCUGGAGCCGCAUGGCUACAAGUUCUACCUGGUGCUGCUCUACAUGUUCGUGACGCUGCUGGCGGUCAGCGUGGGCGUGAGCGCCUGGCUGGCGUACUGCCUGGCCAACAACCGCACCGCGCACGCCUGGCUGGUGAAGGGGCUGCGCUGGUAUGGCCUGAUAUUCACACAGGUCUUUUACGUGACUUCCCUUACCCUCCUGCUGGUUGCGCUGGACUGCAACUACUUCUCCGUUCCGAGCAAUGAGGUCUUCAUCAACCGUAUUUUCCCAGACCACAAGUGUUGGGAGAUGCCGCACCUGGUGCAAGUGGGGGUGUCGGUGGUGUGCAUUGUGUUCUUCGUCGUCAUGGCAGGAGCAAUGCUGGUCAGCGAAAUGGAGCUGAACCCCCUGACACGUAACUUCAUGGCAAUCAACAACACACGAGUCGAGGGCAUCGGCUUCAUCCUCAUCACCGCCGCCACGCUGGCCAGUGUGAUGGUCACCAGCGUCAAGGCGCUCAGCAUCAUGUACGUCGCCGUCUUCCUGCUGCUCUACUACUUCCACAUCAAAUGGGUCCCCUUCAUUCACAAUGAACUCAACUACGCGCGUUGCGGCGCCUACGCUGCCGUACUGUACAGCUCCGUACUGCUCUCCGUACUUGCGUUCAGCAACGGCACGCACCACUCGCGGGUGUACUACCGGGAGGAGGAGCUGCCGCCUGUGGCGCGAACCAUGACCCUGGCGCUGUGGGCGGGUUUGGGUCCGGCGGCGCUGGUGGGCGCUUUCGUGUGCUUUUGGCGGUUGAGGUACUUCAGCGGCUAUGUGGUGGGGUUGUUCAGGGACCUGGAGGCGAGCGAGGCCAGCACCAGCACCGUCAAGUUCCCCUACCGCUUCCGGGACGCGCGCGAGGUGGAGAUCGCAGCGCGCUGCGCCCGGCGGUGGCUGGACGAGGACACGGUGGACCCGGAUGCCAUGGCGCUGUGUGAGACCAUCAUCAAGGCGGGCAUGACGCAGCUGCCGCACGACUCGAUGAUGAUCAUCUUGUACUCCUCCUUCCUGAUCGACGUCCAAGGCAGCUACCAGUCCGGCUACGCUCAGCUGCAGGCUGUCAAGCAGCGGUCCCCGGGGCCCAUGGAGCGUUUCGCCAUCUACAGUCGCGAGCAGGACCACUCCUCCCGCGCCACCUCGGGCGGCGCGGUGGACCUGAUAAACUACGUGGAGUUCCAGCGCACGCACCGAGUGGUCACGCGCGCGCACAAGGAGGCGCUCAUCGCCAUCCGCUCCUUCUGGGGCCUGCUGCUGCGGUCCGCGGUGGACAUUGACAAGCUGUACAAAGCACUGCACAACAUCGAGCUGGCCAUCAGGACGGCUGAGCGGUCGUACCGUACGGCACUUGGGCGCCAUAGCAGCAACACGCGGCUGAUGCGACUGUACGGCAAGUUCCUGGAAACCGUCAAGUUGGACCCGUGGGGCGCGGCCAAAUGGUUCGCCGAGGCAGACAGCUUGGAGGAGCUCUCAGAGCACACCAAGGACGUGUUGGGAGGGCUGGACCUGGGGGUGCUGCCGCGUGACGUGGCCAUGGCGGCGCAGGGCAACAUGGCGAUGGGGGAUGGCGUGAUGCUCAUCUUUAUCAACGCGCAGGGCAUCAUCCAGGCAGCCAGCCCGCAGGUGCAUGUGAUGCUGGGGUACGGCAAGAACGAGCUGCAGGGCAGGGAUGUGGGGAUCAUCAUGCCGCCGCCCUUUGGCGACCACCACACCGCCUACGUGCGCAACUACGUCCAAACGGGCACAUCGACAAUGCUGGACCGCUCUAACGAGUUCAUCGCGCUGACCAAGAAUCGCACGAUCUGCCCCAUACGAAUGGUGGUCACGAAGGUCACUGGCCUUUCCGAGGACUCUGUGUUCAUGGGUUUGCUUGAGGCCAUCACGCACCCCAAGGACGAGGGCCGCAUCUGGCUGCUGAGCAGCGGCGCGGUGGUGGCGGCGGACGAGCGCGCGUGCGACUGGCUGGGCUACCCGCUGGCGGAGAUCAUGGGGGGCAACGCGGAUGACUUUGUGGUGGACCAGGAGGUGGUGCAGGGCAUCCUGAAGCGCUCCAAGGUCGCUGAGCCCACCGUCAAGAUCCACGUGGAGAAGGAGCACCGGGCCUCCAUCCUGGAGGGGCUGCUGCAACGCCGCGUGUGGAGCAUGGACGCGCACGUCAACCCCAGCUUCACCGGGGGCCCCAAGAGCGGCCGAGACGCGGCAGACGACGGCAUGUCUGUCGUCCACCGGCCUCACAUGGCCUGGGUGCACAAGUACGGCGACCAUGUGCCCUUCCAAACUACCUUCACACCUGGAGCGCUGGGCUCCGUUCGCUUCAUGGUAGUCACGCUGCGCCGCAUCACCACCGCCCACCCGCGCGCCGGCCCCAGCUUGUCCGCCGAGAUGCUGCUGGUCGCCGACAACAAGGGCCGAGUGCUGCACGUCACCGCCGCCCUGGCAGCCGCGCUGGGCCGCCCUGCAGACACCAUUCGCGCGGGCGGCAUGGAGUUCCUCAUCCCCAACCCAGUGGGCACCCUGCAUGGCGCCUGGCUGCAGAUGCUGUCGGUGCCGCAGACGCAGGGGACCAGCCUGGAUGCGCCGCCGCCGCCGCACAGCUGCCGCAGCGGUGUUCCUGUGUACCUGUCGGGCUACAACCCGGACCAGGGACCGGUCAAGGUGCCCUUCAAGCUGCAUGUGGAGAACCGGCUAGUGCCGGGGGGCGGCAGCCGUAUCCACGUGAUCUCGCUGCAGCACCUGACGGAGGAACAGGCCACCUCGGAGCGCUGUCUGCGACUGCGUCUGGACCUCAGCGGCACCGUCAUCUCCGCCGGUCCGACGCCCGAGGAGCUGUACGGCGUCCACCCUACGAGCCUUGUGGGCAAGAACAUCCAGGACUUGGUGGACCUAUUUCAAAUGGAAGAUAUCUUUAAAGACCAGGCAGCAAGGCGUGAGUCUGGGGCGUCCGGUAUCAGCAGCAGGACGGGAGGCUCCGGAGCUGCAGCUGGCUUGGCUCUGCGUGGUACUGCGGAUGGGGCUGCGGCGCCUGGCGGCAGCACGGGUAACGGUGGUAGACCCGGUAGUGGCCAGAGCCCCCUGCUGUCGGGAAUGGAGAACGUGCUGCGGGACGCCCGGUCGCGUGAGAUCACGCGACUGCUGAUCAAGCUGACAAAGAGGAGCGCUGAGGCGGAGGGCAUCUCCUGGCGCGUGGGCGUCACGCUGCCGCCCGACGAAACCGACGCCGAGGAGUUUGCCCGCAUGGCUCACGUGCUGGGUCCCGGCGAGCAGCGAGACCUGGUGCAGCUGCUGGGGGCGCGCGUGGUGCCGGCGGUCAUGCGCAUCCGCCUGGUGCGCAAGCAACCGCAGACGCUGCAGCAGCAGCGGCAGCAGCGCAUGCUGGCGUCGCCGGCGCUGUCGUUUGGGAUGAGCAGGAACGGCAGGGGCGGGAGCCGGGGCCAGGAGACGCCGACCGCGCUGCAACGGGACAUGCAAUCCAGGCUAGGCAACUCGAGCCGCCAAGCCGACCGCACCGCCUUUGGCAGCUACGACGGCUACAGCAGCCCCUUGGAGACGGCCCCCUCCGGUGACUGGGGGCCGACCUCCGUCGGCGGCACCAGUCGCAAGUCCGGCAUCGCGGGCAGCCCGUUGCAGCGCGCAGGUACCUCCAACAUGUCGGGACAGGGACAGCCAGUGGCGGGAUCGUCGAGCCGGGGACAGGGCGGUGGCCGCGGCGGCGGCGGCGGUGCGGCGGCGCUGUGUCCCAGUCUGUGUUUGGAGGUGGAGUUGUGGCGGGCGGACCUGCUGAGCGGCGUGGUGGAGGUGGAUGAGGCGGGCAAGGUACUGCGCACGGAUGCAGCCGGCACGCCGGACAUUGCAGGCCUCGUCCUGGGUUCAUCCCGCGCCGGAAUCAUGGGAGCCAACAUCGGGGACCUGGUUCCACUGCCCGCCGGUGGCGUUGCAGCGCUGCUGGAAGCGCCCGCAGCUCCCGGCGGCGCGGAGAGCCAUCACGGCGGCGCCGGCGCCAUUCGCGGCGGUCUGCGCGUCCGUCGCGGCGCCAAGGGCUACACCAUCGGACACCCCGUGUCCCUGCGCACUCGGCACGGCGGCGACGGCUGCCUGCUCAACCUGACCGCGCAGGCGGUGCGGUGCGACGGCAUGAAAGCCACGCUAUUCCUCAUGCUGCGACCCGACAAGCCGGUAACCGUGCAGGGCGGCUUCGUGCGCUGGCUGAGAGACAGCGACACGGGCGGCCUGGCGAGGUCGACGCAGCUGGGGGUACAAGGCGCCGGCAGCGGCGGCGUGAUGGAUGCGGGAGGCGGAAGUGGAGGUGGAGGCACCGGCCCUGGAGGUGCGGUACGGCAGGCGGCGGAUGUUUCCUCCACCAGCAAGUCACCGCCGGGUAUCGAGCGUAUCGAUUCCCUUCCCGGCUUUGUGCCGUCGGGCACCGACCUGCACUGGCCCGCGGCAGUCGCGUCCGCUGCGACGCCGCGAUUCAGCACGCCGCUGCUGGUUGGCUCGCAGCAGGAGACCGGGUCCGCCCCGGGCGGGGUGCUGGGCAGGGCGAGUUCCUCGCCGCAGCUCUGGAUGCCGCCGCGGCCGCCGGCGCCGCCACAGCUGGCCGCGCUGGGCGCCAUGCGGGUGACGGUGAACCGCGGCAGCAGCAAGCCCGGGGUUGCCGUGUUUGGAGAGGGCGAUGCAGAGGAGCCGCCCUCAGCUUCGGUUUCGCAUGCGUUGUCUCCCGUCCCGGCUGGGGGGGCGCCUGUGAGUCCUGUCAGCCCUACGUCCCUGUUUGCCAAGAAGACGUCGCCCUUGGCUGCGGUGCGCGUUGAGGAUGCGGAGAGUUUCAGGGUACAGGGCUCGCAGUUCUCCACUCGGUCCGGCAGGUCAUCGGUGAUGAUUGCUGCGAUGCAGGCAAAGGCGGAUCCCGGCGCCCCGGGUGCCAACGAGUCCAAGAAGCUGCUGGACAGCAAGCAGCGCCGCGUGCAGUCCUGGGUGGUCAGCAGCGGCCGGGACCACGGCAUCAACGCCAAGAUGCAGGAUACCGGCCAGCCUGCUCAAGCUCCACAGAAGAUGACCAACAUUCCCGAGCUGGGCGGCGGCGGCGGCAGUGAGAGCCCCGGCGGAGUGGCGGGCAGCAGCGAGGAGGGGGACCGUCAGAGCAGCAGUGACGGAGGCGUGGUGGGUUCCUUGACACGAGAGGGAACGGGGCGGCCGACCGCGGCGGAUGCAGGAGAACGCCGUGGGCUGGAGAGGCAGGAAAGCGCUGGAGCCAGCAGCAUGGGCGACGAGGCGGGCGCGCACACGACGGACUAUAGCGCGGGCCGGCGCUUCAAGCGGCUAACCAGGCUGCUGAACAGUCCGCUGGCGCAACAACCCAGCAAACGGGUGUGGGCGCAUGGCUUGCUGGCUACGGGGUUGCUGGUGUUGGCUCACGUGGUCACGUUUGUGCUGAUGCUCACUCACACUCAGACGGACAGGCAGCAGGUGGAAGCACUGGAGAAUGCGGCUUGGGCGUGUCGCAGCAUUCACAACAUCGCCAUCACCGGCCGGGCGCUGGAGGCGGUCCUCAGCGACUCCUGGUACGUCCCCGGCAUUCCCACCUUCAAAGGACCCCGGGACGCUGCCGUACAAGAGCUGCUGGACGAGCUAUACGCAUCAGCGAUGCUGCUCAAGGCACGACACCACGGCGUGUACCUGGGCUUUGGGAAGCCGCGGCAGCUGCCAACAGACUACGAGCUCCGGGACUUGUGGAAUUUGCAAGUCCUCAACGUCACGCUCUUCUACGACCAGAACGACCCGGACACGCAGCUGCUCGCCAUCGCCGCCCAGCAGGAGUACAGGCAGGAGGUGGUGGAGAUGGGGCUGUGGGACGCGGGCAACCUGUAUCUGGAGAAGGCGCUGGAGGUGUAUCAGAAUGUGCCGGAGCUGGAGCUGCGGGGGGUUAACUUCUCCACUUGGUCAGCCUGGCGCUUCAUUCAGGCGAAUGGCAUGUCCGUGCUCUUCCCAGGCUACGCUCAAACGCUGGAUGCCAUGGUUGAGAUCACCGCCAAGCAGCUGCGGGUGGGCUACACGCGGCAGCUGAUCUUCCUCAUCGCGGAGGGCUGCGUGCUGUGCCUACUGGCGGCAGUCUACAUGUGGACGACCGCACAGCAGUUCUCCUGGUCUCGUUUUGAGCUCUUCAACAUUUUCAUGCACGUGCCCAUCGGCCUCACCCGCGGCCUGGCCCAAAUGAGCAUCGUGCUGGAGCCUGGCGAGGAGGAGGACGACGGCGAGGAGGGGCUGCUCAAUGCUGCCACAGACGCCCAGGGCGGUGGUGGGGCGGGCCAGUCGGGGACCGAGGGUGAGGGGGGCGGUGCGCCCAAGCAGCAGGAGAAGCCGGAGCGGCAGGAGAAGCGAAGCACCAUGGUUUUCACGCUGAAGAAGAAGAGCACGGAGGAGGACUGGCUGCACAGCAAGCUUCACAUGGUGGAUGGCAGCAGCAUUGCGAACCUGAUCCUCCGGGCGCUGCACCGGAUUACAAGCUGUCUGCAUUUCUCAAAGACGGGCGACUCCCGCGCCUGCACCAAGCGCAAGCUGCUUCCCUCCUGGCGCAUGCCGCUGCUGCUGGCUUCUCCAGUUGCUCUUUGGGCGUUGGUUGUGAUCGUGUUCAGUGUGGUGUGUGUGGACAUGCUGAGGGGCAUGGACGCGCCCAUCGCCACGCUAAACAUCGUCAUAACCUUUGUGCUGCGCUUCCAACGUGUGCUGUACUAUACGCUGGAGACCUGCACCGGUAGGAGCUGGGCGGCCAUGGCUGGCUUCAAGGCCACCUUGCGCACCGAGCUGGCGGCCAUGAACACAGAGUACAGUGUCAUGCUGUACGGAUCUGGAACUGUUCCUGACGCCUCCAACAACACCCAUUUCAAGCUCGCGACAACCGGAGUGCUGUUCAGUGGAGAGUCCAAACCCGCAUCCGUCAUGUAUUACGUCGGGCAGUGCCUCUGCGCCAACCAGAGCCUCUGCCAGCCUCCAGGAUCGCCCUAUUAUGAGGCCACCCACAACGGUCUGGACGUGCUUGUGAAGGCGCAGGUGAGCCACGUGGAGUCGCUGUUGAAACAGCCGCUGGACAGCACCGGACUCAACAGCAGCGACUUCAAAUUCAUCUGGUCCACCGCACGGACCGACACGGAGGGAGGCCUGGAAAUGCUUAACCAACGCUUCUACGAGACGGUCAUCAACAACCUCAGGCGCGCGCAGACGCUGCAGAUCGUGUUGUUCGUGAUGGCCUGGGUGUGGGCGCUCUGGUACCUGCUGGCCCAGUUGCGGCCGCUGCUGCACCGCAGCCGCGCGGAGAUGCGCCGCAUGGCCGAGCUGCUGUGUCAGCUGCCCGGCGAGAUGGACAUCGAGGCGCUGGUGUCGCGCGCCAUCGGCGUGCAGCAGCCGCCGCCGCCGCCGGCCGGGAAGCCGUCAGGACACUCCGUAGCUGUAGGAGGGCGUUCGUUUCACCGGCGGGCUAUCCAGUUUCACUCGUAGUGCGGAACGUCAAUCGCAUGACUCGUCUUUCAGCCCCAACGUGUGUGCUUGAUGCAUUUUCUCGUGCCUGUGGCACAGCCUUUUUUCCAUUGCUGUGCCUUACCUGCAGCGAACUAGAUGCUUUGUUUGGUUACAUUGUUGAGAGAGAUUCGACGCGAGAGGAGCCUGAAGAGAGCGCGAGCCCGUUUGGACUUGGGAUAGUUGGGAAGUAAACUUUUGCAUUGUCCCUUUGGCGACAUGAAAUUAUAACACACUUCGAUGGCCGGACAGUGCUGUGCGUUGUCAGCAACUGUUACGCAGUCGAUCAGUGUUGAGCCAGCCACCCACGAACUGUGCGAUCCAGAUCCAGACCCGUACAGGGAUACCACCAUCGAGCAGGCAUGAGAACUAGGCGUGGAACUACUGCUGUGGCAGCAGUUGAGGAGAAAGCGAGUGUGUGUAUCGCUUUUACCCUGUGUCUGGCUGUUGGUAGCGACGUCAUCCUCUGCGUUGGCCUCAUGUGCUUUGACCAACGCCUUGCAUAUCGUACUACCGGCGCUGCUUUAGCGCGUUAGUCCUAUUAAUAACGACGACCAACCUGAGGGCUUCUUCUCGCUGUAUACUUUUUGUAUAUUGGUCGCUGCAUGCAUUUGUGGUCUGGGUGUGUAUCGUGCGUGUAUUUGGGUGUGUGUGUGUUUUCUCCUUGGCUGCUGUGCAGUCGCCGGUACCGGCGGACGAAUGAGGACAAAGGGUCCUGCCCUUGUUGUUACUCUUUUGUGUGCGACCUACUACUGUGUGCGACCUACUAGCUACUACAAGCGGCGCGGCGCUGCCGAGUAUAGAAUGCCCAGGCUGUGAAAGCGUGUGAUCCGCGAUCCUCCCGGUGGCGUUGUGGACUCCUAAACUGGUGUUUGUCUCGUGCAAUUUAUUGGGUUGGGUGUGGGCUUUCCAGCGGCGGAGCUAGGCAGUACGGCGGCUUGCCGUACUGUGGCAGGCAUGGGCUUUGGUUGCCUGGCUCGGUUUGUGGGCCCUAAGAUUGGGGUGCGGGAUAAGCUAAUAAGGUACUGCUGUGGUUGCUUGAAGGGUGUAUUUGUGUGGAUGCGCCAUGUGCCUGUGUAGCAUAGCCUAUUCAGGCAUGUGGCCCUGUAUUAAGUUGUUACCAGCACUGGUCUUUAGCCGGUUGGCGGUGGUAGGGGGUAAAGCGUAGAAGGCGGCGUUGGGAGGUGGUGGUGGCGGUUGGCGGUUUUACGAUGAAAUGUCGUCCAAGGUGGGUGGCGGUUGGAUCUGGAUUGCAGCAAUUGCUGUACUGGUAAAGUGGCAGUCAGGAGGUUGCCGUAGGUGGUGGACACAGGCCGGUGGUGAGGUGGUGGCAGGAAGGGUUCACUGGUGUGAAAUUGAGCGGGGGUUUUGUUAUAAUGUGGCGCUCAAGUGUUUGCAGGCGGUGAUAAGCCCUUGGAUUCGACUGGGCGUGGGGGAAGGAGGAGGGAGUCUUGUGUGGGGUUGCAGGUGUUGCAACAUGCAAGGUUACUGCAGUGCAGGACUAGGCGGUGCCGGUGAGGCCCAUUGCUCAUGCAGCCGCCCUAGUCCGGCUGGUAGCCUUGCGUGUGCCUCGUGCUAACAUGUAACAUUGGGAAUGGGGUGAGGGGACUGUGCCCACGUAUGGACGUCAA